AUGCCCGGCAUUGGUCUGUACUUCAGAUUUGAGGACAACCCACGGCGCGCCAUUGACUUGCUCGACUGGCUAGAUGGACAUCCCGAGGAACGAGACGUCAUUUUCGACGUCACGGUACCCAUCCGGGGCGAAACUCUCACCCUGGGAGCAUGCUACGCUCGUGCUGCGCUGCAUCUCUAUUCAACGGAUGACGACGACGGCACCAUUCCACAAAGGCUUCAAGCACACGGUAUUCAUGGCAAUCUGGAGGAUGCCCUCGCACACCUGAAAAAGCAGCUUGUUCGAAAUGUGCCGGAUAUUGACAAGAGGUUGAACAAGAUCUUUAUGCCGUUUUCUAUGCAGGUAAAGUAUCACAUCCAUGAGAGGUGGAAGAAGACGUACCAAACUGUUAACAAAGAAAUUAUGGAGUCUAAGCCAGAAAUCAAACUCGAUAGUAUUCUGCGACUGGAUGAUAUUGAAUUUAAGCCGAGAGGUACUUGGAAGGUUGGAGAAAUACCGGCAGAAACUGAAUUUUUGCCUCCCGAAUACCUAUGGGACAGGUUACACAAGUACUGGAGAAAUAACCCAACCUUUAACCAGUAUUUAAGGGGUAACCUUAAAAGAUCGGGUGGGAGGAGAAGGAGGCGUACUACUUCUGCUCCUUCACACGGGAUGUCAACUAACAGUGACGAGAUGUCGCCUUCGAGUUCGGAUAGUGAAGCUUCUGGAUUUGAAGGGGAAACAGGGGGCCAGCCAUCACAGCACCGGCGACGCAUCAAAAAGAGCCACACACCGCAUGUAUCAGUCAAGCGGAGAAACUCCCAUUCUGUCUCGGAAAUAUCAACAUCUAGCUCGAGAACUACGCGUAGCAAAACCCGGCACGAGUCUUAUAAACACGGACAUUGUUCUGCACCCGGAAAACAAAGCGACUAUCGCAUGCUGGAGCUGAAGAUCAAGCUAAAACAACUGGAAAACGAGGGGCAGGAGAAGCAGGCAGCCGCAGAGUUACAACGCUUGAAGUUGCAGGCAGAUAUGGAGGAACGUAGAAGGAAACAUGAGGUGAGAAUGCAAUUGUUAGGUGCUGAGAUGUUCAAGGCAGCGUGA